AUGAUCUCCACAUCUCUUUUCUUCUGUGGCAUCUGGACUGUGGUGGCAGGUGCAGCCCAGGUGAUUCACCAGUCAGUUCAAACAGCCAUAGCUGGAGAAAAUGUGACAUUGUACUGUCGGCUGGCAGAAAGCUAUGAUGUUGUUCAGGUUACCUGGCAGAAGGAGCAUGGGAAAGCCAAGGCAAAUAUAGCCACUUACAGCACGGCUCACGGUCCUAAAGUCCUGGGCACAUAUGAGAAUCGUGUGCACAUUUCUCAAAGUGGGCUGAAUGUUUCUACCAUCACCUUCCAUGGUGUUACAGUAAAGGAUGAAAGUUGUUACAGCUGCAUCUUUAACACAUUUCCCUUGGGAUCCAUCCCAGGCAGGACAUGUCUCAAGGUCUAUGCUCUAACAAAACCCAAGGUCGAUGUGAAGAGUGUUAUGAGUCCAGACAGCACAGGAAAAGAAAUGCUAAAACUCAGCUGCUCAGUAACAGGGAGACCAGCUCCAGUGGUCACCUGGCAGUUCCCGAAACACCUUCAGAUAAAGCCAGUCCAGUAUGUCAUCCACCAUCCAAACCAAACAGUGACUGUUGUGAGCAAUUUUACUCACAUGUCCUCCAAAGAUCUCUGGGAGAACCCAGUCAACUGUGUGAUUCAACAUCCAUCUUUAAACAGUACACAGGAAUUAACUUUGCCUGAAAAAGGGGUAGAACAAGCAAAAAGAAAAGUUCCAAGAAUUCCUGUCCUUGUCUCUAUCUUCAUGUUGGUUGUCAUGUUUAUUCUGGGGCUAUUGGCUUUUUCCAUCUUCAACUGCUGGAGAAGAGUACCCCCUGAAGAUAAAAAGCAAGAUCUUCUACAAAUGGUUCUUCCGAUAUGUCCAGGAAAUUUAACAUGCGGAUGGUAUCCCUGCACAAGAAAUGAAGUCCCAGUGAAAGCUCUUCCCCCAAAAAACUUUCUGGUGGAUGAAGAAUCUGUUGAACGAAACCUUUUUGUGAGAUGA